AUGUAUGGGCCUACAUCAACUAGGACAAGCCCUCCGCUCGAACAGUCUUCCGGUGACCAUGAGCCUACAUCAACUGGAAUACUCCCUUCGGUGGGACAGCCGUCCAGCAUGUAUGGGCCUACAUCAACUGGGACAAGCCCUCCACUCGAACAGCCGUCCAGCGACCAUGAGCAUACAUCAACUGGAAUACUUCCUUCGGUGGGACAGCCGUCCAGCAUGUAUGGGUCUACAUCAACUAGGACAAGCCCUCCGCUCGAACAGUCUUCCGGUGACCAUGAGCCUACAUCAACUGGAAUACUCCCUUCGGUGGGACAGCCGUCCAGCAUGUAUGGGCCUACAUCAACUGGGACAAGCCCUCCGCUCGAACAGCCGUCCAGCGACCAUGAGCAUACAUCAACUGGGGUAAGCCCUUCGGUGGGACAGCAGUCCAGCAUAUAUGUGCCUACAUCAACUGAGGUAAGCCCUCUGCUCGAACAGCUGUCUAGUGACCAUGAGCAUACAUCAACUGGAAUACUCCCUUCGGUGGGACAGCCGUCCAGCAUGUAUGGGCCUACAUCAACUGGGACAAGCCCUCCACUCGAACAGCCGUCCAGCGACCAUGAGCAUACAUCAACUGGAAUACUUCCUUCGGUGGGACAGCCGUCCAGCAUGUAUGGGUCUACAUCAACUGGGACAAGCCCUCCACUCGAACAGCCGUCCAGCGACCAUGAGCAUACAUCAACUGGGGUAAGCCCUUCGGUGGGACAGCAGUCCAGCAUAUAUGUGCCUACAUCAACUGGGACAAGCCCUCCGCUCGAACAGCCGUCUAGUGACCAUGAGCAUACAUCAACUGGAAUACUUCCUUCGGUGGGACAGCCGUCCAGCAUGUAUGGGCCUACAUCAACUGGGGUAAGCCCUCCGCUCGAACAGCCGUCUAGCAGGUAUAGGCCUACAUCAACUGGGACAAGCCCUUUUGUGAGACUGCCUUCCAGCAGGUAUGGGCCUACAUCAAGUGUCUCUUCUCAGAUACCCCUCAGCGUAUCCAAGCCUAGGACGACUAGAUUGAGCAUUCCCAUGAUCUCUAUUAAAACAUCUACGAUACUCACCACUUCACCAAUCUCAUCAGGCAUUCCCGCGCCUGAUACACAGAUCCCUGAUGUCAUUGUUCCCGCAAACGCUUCCAUACAUAUACCAGCCAACUACUCGCGAAUUCAACUGGGGUUUAAAAAAGAGCUUUCUUGGCAAGUCAUUGCAACCUCGGCAAUAUGGCAAGCCCAAUUAUACUACUAUUGCCCUCUUGGUAUUGCAUACGCUUUGCAACUUCCCAGAUCCGAUGUUGUCCCUUAUUGGCUAGGGCUAGACUACAAUACAACCACACUCAUGAGAUUUUUUAUCCCCAAUGACAAGGUGGAAAACCUGAAAGUUAUGCUAAGUACAGAAUCAUCCGAGCUCUUUCUACAAUCAGCUACACCAAACAAUCCACCUGCUUUUGCCAAGAGCUCAAUUCAAAGCAUUUUCGCAAUGCUUGAUACCAAGGUCCCUUUGAUGCAGCCAGCGACAGGGACUGCCUCUCCUAGUACAUCCCUAAUUAAACAUAAUCCGACUGCAGCUCAGCCUACACAAGCUGUUAAUUCCGGUGCUCCCAGGUCUAAUAAUAACGACAAGAACCACGAAAAAGUAGUGAAGGCUGCUUGUGGGACAAUUUUGGGAACGUCUAUUUUCGUCAUGUUGGCAAUUUACAUUACCCGCCGAUACAAGGCUAAACACAAGCGAUUACAAAAGCUAGAUAAAGCUGGCAAUGAAACGAUAGAGAUAAUGGUUCCCAGCCGGCCCACAGGCAACUAUGUGGCAUUUGUCCUAGUCCUGACGGCCAGCUCCGGUCCUAUAUACAUGAAAAAGCUAUAUAUCUAUGCACUACCCAGUACCACACCCCUAGAAAGGAGCUUUCUGGUAAGUGGUAUUUGA